CGGGCCCUGCGCAUCGCUCCGGUCCCGAAAAGUGGAGCUGCAAUUUGGCCACGACUGCACCUGUUUGCACCGCUCUUCCGAGGGCAACCCAGUUGGGGCGGCGGCGAGGACCGCGACCCCAGCCAUCACUCUCUUUGGCAAGUGGCUCGCGCACGAAAAGAAACUUUCCACCUGUGAGCCGGACCGGCGCUGAGUGCGUGUAUUUUGCCUCCUUUUUGUUGUUUUUGCCUCCACCCCCCGCCUUCUUUUCUCUGCUAAGACCUCUCCUUACACACCCACCCCAAAGUUUAGCUCUGUUUUGAGUCCCUCUCCAUCUCCCUGCCUCCCUCUCCCCGGCCGUCUAUGUUCCAGGCCCUCUCUGCGCGGUGCCGGUGAACCCGUGAGCCGCCCUAAUGUACAGCAUGAUGAUGGAGACCGACCUGCACUCGCCUGGCGGCGCCCAGGCCCCCACGAACUUGUCAGGCCCGGCCGGGGUGGGCGGCGGUGGGGGUGGCGGCGGCGGCGGCGGUGGCGGCGCUAAGGCCAACCAGGACCGGGUCAAGCGGCCCAUGAACGCCUUCAUGGUGUGGUCCCGCGGGCAGCGGCGCAAGAUGGCCCAGGAGAACCCCAAGAUGCACAACUCGGAGAUAAGCAAGCGCCUGGGCGCCGAGUGGAAGGUCAUGUCCGAGGCCGAGAAGCGGCCGUUCAUCGACGAGGCCAAGCGGCUGCGCGCGCUACACAUGAAAGAGCACCCGGAUUACAAGUACCGGCCACGCCGCAAGACUAAGACACUACUCAAGAAGGACAAGUACUCGCUGGCCGGUGGACUGCUGGCAGCCGGCGCUGGCGCUGGCGGCGCGGCCGUGGCCAUGGGCGUGGGCGUGGGCGCUGCGGCCGUGGGCCAGCGCCUCGAGAGUCCCGGAGGUGCGGCGGGAGGCGGCUACGCGCACGUCAACGGCUGGGCCAACGGCGCCUACCCCGGCUCGGUGGCAGCCGCAGCCGCGGCCGCAGCCAUGAUGCAGGAGGCGCAGCUGGCCUACGGGCAGCACCCGGGCGCGGGCAGCGCGCACCCGCACGCGCAUCCAGCGCAUCCUCACCCGCACCACCCGCACGCGCAUCCGCACAACCCGCAGCCCAUGCACCGCUACGACAUGGGCGCGCUGCAGUACAGCCCCAUCUCCAACUCACAGGGCUACAUGAGCGCCUCGCCCUCGGGCUACGGCGGCCUCCCCUACGGCGCCGCGGCCGCUGCAGCCGCAGCGGGCGGCGCGCACCAGAACUCGGCCGUGGCGGCUGCGGCGGCCGCGGCGGCCGCAUCGUCGGGCGCCCUGGGCGCGCUCGGCUCUCUUGUCAAGUCGGAGCCUAGCGGCAGCCCGCCAGCCCCAGCGCAUUCGCGGGCACCGUGUCCCGGGGACCUGCGCGAGAUGAUCAGCAUGUACUUGCCGGCCGGUGAGGGCGGCGACCCGGCGGCUGCAGCAGCCGCCGCGGCGCAGAGCCGACUGCACUCGCUGCCACAGCACUACCAGGGCGCGGGCGCGGGCGUCAACGGCACGGUUCCCCUGACGCACAUCUAGGGACUCUGGGGGAAAGGCGGCCCGCGCCGGCGCCGAAAGAACUGGAGCAGGUGGCCCGCCCGGGGCACCCGGCCUCGCCCAGCACGGCCUUGCUUUUGUAUAGACGUUUCCACACUCUUGUAAAAAGGAAAACACUGGUGACGAACACUAGGUGACACAUACCCCCUGCCCCCGAUUCGCUUUCCUGGGAGUUUCUGGCGACCUCUAGAAGUGGACACAGUCGUGCGUUUUAGACUGAACUUCGACGUUUUCUUGAGACUUUUUGUACAGUAUUUAUCACCCACAGAGACAGAAAGCCUUUCUUUGCUCGAGAGGACACAAAGACCAAGCAAGAGGCGACUCCAACUUUCCUAUUCCACGGCGCGCUCACUCUCAUCCCGCAUCGCUUCCUGAUGGCGUUUAGUUGCCGGGGACCCAGUGCCGGAAGCUGUUCUCAUUUGUUAUCGAUGUAGUAAGGCAGAUCCAAACACAAGUUUUUUUGUAGUUGUUACCGUUUGCAGGGUGGGGGGGUUGUUAAUUUAUACAAAGAAUGCCCCCAUCCCUUUCUGACGGCAGCGUUAUAUUCUGGGUUUUGUAAAACUUUUCUGUAUCUGAGCUUUUCCAUUUUUCUUGUUUUGUAAUUAUUUCUUGUAAAUGCUUUGUGAAAUUUUUAUUUUAGGCGUUUCGGCGUGGGGAAGCGUAUUAAGAUUAUGUAUAUAGUUUCCUAAAAAGUCUGUCUUUUUCAUGUAGAAACACGGAAAAGAUGCCCCCCUUUCAAACUGCAUCGAGUUUUGACUUAAUAAAUUCAAGAGAGAAAAAACUCGUUUUCCCCAUAAAUUUGAAACGUGCUAAUUUUAUAUGCAUGUUUUAUGAGCUCAAAAUACAAUUAGUAAAUCUGACGAAGGAGAAAUUAUCAGCAUGCACUAAAAAUGAGGGGACCCCAGGGGGGAGAGUACCAUUUUCACGGGGCUUCAUUCAUUGGGAGAUAAGGAAGUUAAAAUCAAUAGAUUAUUUUGUAGAGUUCACAGUAUUAAAACAGAAUAGGAAAUAAUUACCAAAAACCCCAUUUUAUAUUCUGGCCCUUUGGUGUGUUUUUAUUUCUGGCUGGCCCGGCGAGUGUUUUGAUUCCUUGCUGUGGGCUUUGCAUCCUCUCGCUGGCCCCUGUCUGUGUUGCCAGGAGAGAAGACCCCAAUGGCGGGACCAGGCCAAGGUUGGAUGACAAAAGACCAUGGCAGGGGCACCAGUGACCCCUAUUCCCCUGCAACUAAAAAGAUUACAGGUGAAAUUUAGAUUUGGCUCUAGGAAACACAAUCUCUGAACCAAACUGUACGGCAACUGAGCCCCCUCAGUCCCUCUUUAGCCCCUUCCUCUGGCUUAUUUCUU